AAAGGGAAGAAGACUCUCUACAAGAAAUCGUGAUACUCUACUGCUACCAUGGCUGAACUAGGCCUUAUGGAAGCGCGCUCAUCUCUCUCUCUACAAUGUCGACGAACCACCAUGUCCUCCGCCUCGUCCUCUCCUGCCGCAAAAUCACAGCGCAGGUGACGAGCCCCAGCAGCUCCUCAAUCAUAGCCAUGGCCUCCUCCUCCGAGCAAGAGUUCGUCGCCCAGUACCGGGCCAAGUUCAACCGCUUCCCUCGCUCCCAGACCUUCUGGGACGCCAAGGUCGCCUCUCGCGUCGGCGAGAAGCUCGGCCUCCGUCUCAGGGAGAUCGGCCUCACCGGCGUGGAGAUCGACGUCGGCGAAGAGCUCUCGAGGCCAGUCCACCACCGCAUCAGGGUCUUGCCGCUCUUCGAUUCCAUUAAACGAGCCGGCGUCGUCGUCAAUGGCGCCGACGAGCUUGGGAUCGGUCCGCCUAGCUAG